AGGUGACCAGCAGCAGUCAAUCACUUCUCACUAAAACAAGAAAUCAUCUCACAAGAAGAAGGAAUACUCUCUAUCAAGGAAAGGAAUCAUGAAGACUCUACUCUCACUCUUCUGUCUGGUUACUUACCUCACCUGUGCUCUCAGUGCUAAUGGCUGGCCAGUCUCUCUUGACAUGGCUUGUAAUAAAGCUCUUUCUGCAGUUGCUUGCUCUUUUGAGUUUACCAACAAUGCAAAUGAGGAUCUUUAUCUACUCAAACGUAACACUCCUCUUGAAGGACUCAGAUCUCAAUUUGUCUCUGUCUCUCUUGACGGUCGUCCACUAAAAUAUAAUGGUAUUUAUGUGCGCCGUGCUCCUCCUACAAAAAAAAAUUUCAUUCUCUUGAAGGCAGGUGAGAGUAUUUCUGCAACAGUCCAAAUCACUGAUGCCUUUAGCAUUCAUACUGAUGGUCUCUACACUGUACAAUACAGUAGACCUUUACAGUAUCUGUCAGUGAAUGAGAUGAGUGCAAUGUCUACUGGUAAGCUCAGGGAAUCGAUUGUACGUGAAUCCGCUCAACUUUACUUGGAAGACACUUCUGCUCUUAUGAAACCAAAGAUAGAAGAAGUAAAAAUCGACUACACUGUCCACUUCCAAUCCUGUAGCAGUGCUAGUUUCUCUGGUGGUGAUAGACAGAACGGCGAAACACUCACUGCUCAUAAGAAGCUCUGCUCUGGAUCUGAUAAAGCUAAAGGUAAAGUUGGCAAAAAUUUUACUAUAUCUACUACAUGGUUCGGUGAAUAUGAUGCUGGAAGGACGGCUGAUGCUCAAGAAGUAUAUUCAAAAAUAAAGACUGGACUAACUAACACUGCUGUAAAAUACUACAACGAUGGCCCUGAGUGUGAAGAUGGUGAUUAUGCCUAUAUAUAUCCAAAUAUUAAAGAUACCGUCUAUCUUUGUGACGAGUACUACAAUUCUCAAACAUCUUGCAGCACAACUGGUGAAAGCAAGGAGGGCACACUGGUUCAUGAAUGGUCUCAUCUUUUUGGCGAUACUGAUGAUUAUGAAUAUGGUCGCUCUGACUGCAAGGAUUUAGCUGAAAACAAUCCUUCUAGGGCAGUAGAGAAUGCUGAUAAUUACUGUUAUCACUAUUGUGAUGCUCAGUAAUGGAGCUCAUCAGCUAAAAGCCAAGAACUUUAGGACUCAUGCAACACUAUAGGACAUGCACAGUUUAUUUUUGCUUACCUGUAAUAUUACAUUUUUGAUUAAUUAGUUAUCUUGGCU